UCCACCAGCUACAUGUCCGUCUUUACUGUAUGUGACAUUGACUGUCAACACACGACAAUUCCCCCGGCAAACCUUCACAACAACUAUUAGAAAUUCCCACUGGUUUCCUGCUCUGUUUUGGAAUUACUUUUAACUGUGGGUGAAGAGAGUGGAGACAACAACAACAACAGACUGGUUCACUAUCAGUUUAGUUCAAUUAUUUCUUCUUUUUAUUUUUUUAUUUAUUUUUAAUUGUUGCUGCGGCAUGGAUCGAGGCAAGAUGCUUCCGCUGAGAAAAUCGAGAUGUCCUUUUGCAUGGGUCUAGUGCUGUUACACGAAACACCUUUUCACUCAGCAUCUCUACAGGCACCACGCAGCCAUGAACUGGGCUUUGCACAGGAUAGCAGGCACCACAAUGAGCACGUUGACGACAGGUGUACAGUAUCUCGGCUCCAACGACGCCAACUACGACGACCAUUCCAUCGACUCAACUCUAAUCAAGGGCAGGUUCAACUUUGAAAAGCCUUACUCUGCCUCUCACAGUAACUCUUUACCCAGACUCUUCCCAGGAAACAAGGAGGCCAUUGAGAAUGGCCUCUCUCCCAUUUUCCCCACCAACAUAUCGGACUUACUGUUGAGUAAUGGCAGCUAUGUGGAGAGCGGAGGGGCAGCACAGUGCGAGGGGGACUUUGUGGACAACAUGGAGUGCUUUAUGAUCCUCACCCCUGGUCAGCAGCUCGCCAUCGCCAUCUUGGCGCUCACACUGGGUACAUUUACAGUGCUGGAGAACCUCAUGGUACUGUGUGUGAUCCUACACUCCCAGACGCUACGAUCUCGGCCUUCCUACCACUUCAUAGGCAGCCUGGCUGUGGCUGAUCUGAUAGGAAGCAUCAUUUUUGUCUACAGUUUCCUGGAUUUCCACGUCCUCCACAGGAAGGAUAGCCCGAAUAUUUUCCUCUUCAAGCUAGCCGGGGUCAUCGCCUCCUUCACGGCCUCUGUUGGCAGUCUGUUUCUCACUGCGAUCGACCGAUACAUCUCCAUCCACAGGCCCAUGGCGUACAAACGCAUCGUCACAAAGACUAAAGCAGUGAUUGCCUUCAGCAUGAUGUGGGCCAUCUCCAUCGUCUUUUCACUGCUGCCACUGCUGGGGUGGAACUGCAAGCGUCUCAACUCUGUCUGCUCGGACAUUUUCCCUCUAAUUGACCAGAACUACCUGAUGAUCUGGAUUGGAAUGACAACUAUCUUGGUCCUGUUCAUCAUCUACGCAUAUAUGUUCAUCCUCUGGAAGUCCCACCACCACGCUGUCCGCAUGCUGAGCCGCAGCUCUCAGAGGAGUGUGAUUGUCUACACUCCAGAGGGAACUAAAGUGCAGACAGUGAGGCCCGAGCAGGCCCGGAUGGACCUCCGUUUGGCUAAAACCUUGGUUCUGAUCCUGGUGGCCCUCAUCAUCUGUUGGGGCCCAGUUCUAGCCAUCAUGGUUUAUGACCUCUUUGGGAAGGUGAACGACUUCAUCAAGACUGUGUUCGCAUUUUGCAGCAUGCUCUGCCUGCUCAACUCCACCGUGAACCCUGUGAUUUACGCCAUGAGGAGUAAGGACCUGCGCAGGGCCUUCGUCAACAUCUGCCAUAUGUGCCGGGGAGCAACGCAGCCUCUGGACAACAGUGCUGAGAGUGACUGGAACAGCAGGAGUGUGAGAAGCACAGCGGGCGGGGUGGGGAAGUAUGGAGCCGCCAGUGGCAAGACUCAAGCAAAAGUAGCACAGGUAACUGUUUCUGGAGUGACUGAGACUUCAUCUGCAGAGCCAGUCUAAGAGACAAGCCCUCAUGCUCUGGUACAACUGUGAAGUGAAGAUAUUGUAGAAUAGCCCUGAUCCUCCUAACGCACUGCUCUGUUGCUGUGAAAUGUGCCAAAAAAUGACUUAGAAACACAACUGAAAUAAACCUGUUUUUGUUGCUUUAAAACUGUGGAAUAUUUGUAUGUUAUUAUAUCCAGCUGUGUGGUGGAGCGUGAUGAUGAACAUGCUUUCUUAACUCUGUCGCUGAAAAAAAUGGUUUGUUAGGUUAUACAAGUCUGGUUGACAAUGCCAAGUUGAUAGUCACAUUAGCAUGAACCACUGGGCUCAAGGAUAUAUUUUUCUGCAACAAAUGUUAUAAACACAACACACUGUGUCAUCUUUACUAUUUGAAUGUGCGUAAGGUUACAGUUUUCAGUUUUAAGGUAGAAAAAUAAGGCAUUGCCUUUGUUUUGUUUUUGUUUUUGUUUUUUGAGAUCAUGGCAAUACUGUGGCAGAACUACAAGGCGAAAAUGUGUCUAUCUUCAUGCGAAAUGUCAGCUUUGAAUGACAAUACACUGCUAGUAAAUAAAAUUAGCAUCCCAUUAGUGAUUUGAAAUCAACUAUUGAUGCUUUUGUAGGACCGUAAUAUUGUGAAAUUUGUGAAAUACUGUUAUUCUACUUCAUUUAUUGUAUUUAUAAAAUGUGUAAUUUGCAAAGCAAAAUGGUGAGUCAUACUUUGAAAAAUGAAUGGCUUUUUGAUCAAAUCAAAACUUAUGUCUGUAGUGAUUUGGGAAUGUAACAUAGCUGCUUAUUACACAUGUGUUUAUGAAACAGUUGCAGCAUUCAGUGAGAAGCUACACUUGUGAAGCAUCCAUUGUGCCGUUGUGUUCCCUAACAGUGUGUGUAAGCAGGGACAUGAAUUCAAUAAAUAUAUGAAAUCUGUCUAUUUUUAUCAUAAUUUUCUCAACAUAUCUUUUCUU